CGACCACACCACUUUUCCAAUAUUGACUUUGAUUCUUUUCAAUAUUUAAUUGCACGUGCUUGGUACUGAGCCAAAAGAAAUGGAUUUUGACCAAAGCAACAUGUAUCACAAAGAAGGCAGCAGAAUUCUCCCACGGAGAAAAUCCAAAAGAAUAGUAGGCAUCAGGCAACCGGCCACGGGACACAUUAACAAAGAGCAACUGUCUCAGCUAAAAGAGGCAUUCAAUCUCAUCGACCAAGAUCGUGACGGCGUUAUAAGCAAAGAUGAUCUACAGAAGAUCUUAAUUUCUCUUGGGCAGAAACCGACAGACAAGGAAGUCAGGGAGAUGCUGAACGAGGUACAAGGAAAUGUGGAUUUUGCAAGAUUUCUGUCCAUGUUUGCUUCUAAGAUGGGUUCUGCAGACCCCGAAGAUCUGAUCCGAAAUGCCUUCACGUGCUUUGACGACGACUGCGAUGGAGUCAUAAAUUUGGACGAGUUUAAGGAACUCUUGAUGACGAUGGGUCUGAGGCUUACAGAGCAACAGGUUGAUGAAGUUUUCCUUCAAGGAGCUCUGACUGAUGACGACGGGCGAUUCAACUGCGAAGACAUCGUGCGAUUGUUAAAAUACGGAGAGGGCUUAAGUGAGAAGGGGAACAACGAUGUUUCCUUCUGAACAUGUGCAUGGCAAUGUGUGUUCUACGAUAUGUCCAACUGAAUCGUUUCCAAGAAACGCAUACGACCUAAGGAUGAUCAUAACAUUAAAAGAAAAAACUUGGCGUUUUGCC